AAAGAUGGCGGUUCUUAAAGAGGAGAGUGAAGAUGUGAAGAUUGAAGACACUUUCAGAGUCAAAAAUUAUUUCAGUUAUUUCAAAGAGGAGAGUCCAGAACUGAACAAUACGGGAAAAGAGAAAGAUCAGCACGAGAAACAUUGUGAUUUCAGAACUGGAGAAAAAUCCACAAAGACUGAAGAGACUUCCUCACAAAACAGAGCUCAGAAGACCAAAUCUAAUCGUCAUUUCUCCUGCCAUCAGUGCGGAAAGAGUUUCAGUCACAAACGAAACCUUGAGGUCCACAUGAGAGUUCACACUGGAGAGAAGCCUUUCACCUGUCAACAGUGUGGAAAGAGCUUCACGCAAACUCAAAGCCUUAAAGUCCACAUGAGAGUUCACACCGGAGCAAUCUCGUUCACCUGUCAACAGUGUGGAAAGUGUUUCACUCAGAAACAAAACCUUAAAGUCCACACGAGGAUUCACACCGCAGAAAUCUCGUUCACCUGUCAACAGUGUGGAAAGAGCUUCACACAAAAAGGAAACCUUGAAGUCCACAUGAGGAUUCACACCGGAGAAAAGCCUUACACUUGCUCUCAGUGUGGACAGAGUUUCACACAUCAUAACAGCCUUAGUUCCCACAUGAGAACUCACUCUGGAGUGAAGCCGUUCAUAUGUGAUCAAUGUGGAAAGAGCUUCACAACAGAACUAAACCUGCGGUAUCACGUGAACAUUCAUACCGGAGAGAAACCAUUCACAUGUGAUCAGUGUGGGAAGGGUUUCACACGCAAGGUAACCCUCAAUUCCCACUUGAGGAUUCACUCUGGAGAGAACUGUUUUAUAUGUCAUCAAUGUGCAAAGAGCUUCAGUCAUAAAAGUAGCCUUAAUACUCACAUGCAACUUCACACCGGAGAGAAGCCUUUCACCUGCAAACUGUGUGGAAAGAGCUUCACGCAAAAAGGAAAUCUUAAGCUUCACAUGAGAGUUCACACGGGAGAGAAGCCGUUCACGUGUGAUCAGUGCGGGACGAGUUUCACACAAAAAGGAAACCUUAAAGGACACAUGAGAGUUCACACGGGAGAAAAGCCGUUCUCGUGUGAUCAGUGCGGGAAGAGCUUCUCAACCAAACGUAAUCUUAAACUUCACAUGAGAGUUCACACCGGAGAGAAGCCGUUCACGUGUGAUCAGUGCGGGACGAGUUUCACACAAAAAGGAAACCUUAAAGGACACAUGAGAGUUCACACGGGAGAAAAGCCGUUCUCGUGUGAUCAGUGCGGGAAGAGCUUCUCAACCAAACGUAAUCUUAAACUUCACAUGAGAGUUCACACCGGAGAGAAGCCGUUCACGUGUGAUCAGUGCGGGACGAGUUUCACACAUAAGCAUCAUCUUGAGCGUCACAGGAGAGUUCACACUGGAGAAAAGCCCUUCACAUGUGAUCAGUGCGGAAAUAAUUUCUCAUAAAAACAACG